GAUCGCCACGCUCAUCAGCUCCUGCUGCUGGCGCGCCCGAAGAGGUUCGGGCCAAGGAUCGAGCCAAGGACCAAGAUCGACAUGCUGACGGGCCCAAGGACCUAUGCAGGUGGUUUCCUGCACGAAGGAGGCUACGAUCUUGUAUCAGCAUCUCUUCCUCCUGACCCACUCAACAACCUGGCAACUCGUGGGGAGCUCGCUCCGCCUCGAGCGAAUGGGUCGCUCAGCGCUGGCCAACGAGAUGGCCAAGCUGCUUCAAAGCAGCGUUCAGUGACAGUGCAUGCCCUGCUUGAUCCACUUGUCUGCAUGGCUAACGCUGGCAAUCACUGCUACGUCAAUGCUGCUGUUCUGGCCAUCAAAUGGCUCUGCCUGCAUCUGCCACUUACCCUGGUGCUCUGGACAAAGGCCAUGCAGCCGAUCAUGCUGCGAAUGAGCUUGCAGGCCAGCGUCCCAGACCUUUUGUCCCACUUGCCGUGGGCUCCGUUACACGGUGGCUGGCACAGACCACAUGUGCAACACGACAUUGCUGAAUACUUAGCUUACUUCCGCAGGUUCGCGAUCAAGGGGAGACAUGGCCUUUAUUCCUCGCAGCGCCACAGUCUCGGGUCGGCUGACCAUGAGCCCAGUACCGUGCCAGUGAAGGCGAAGCCGUCAGUUCCUCCGCUGGGAUUCGAAGAAGUCGACCCAUGGGAGGGCAAAAGUCUGCCGAAAACGAAAGCGGCAGAUCCCGCGACAGGCCACGAGUGGGACGACUUCUUCAAUGCACCAAGACUCCGAGAGGAUCCGACGAUGACCAGAGGUGGUUCUGGACAAGAGGUGCUGGAACGACGGCAGGGUACGCGCACCCGGGACGAGCGGCGGUCAUCCGACAGGCUCCUCUUCUCGAACGGCUCCGGACGGCGUGAGCGGCACGGAGACGCUAGAGGUCCAGAUGAUGACCGAAUUUCGCAUUUUCUUGCAGCUUGGCUUCGGUACCAUAUGGUAGAAGCCAAUGAGGGCUGGAUCAGCAUGAGCCAAGUGCUGUCCGAGCCGGAGCUCCAAGGAGCCACCGAGGAGGACGUGAAGCGCGUGGUGCUCUACAGCCGAAGCAGGCUCGGCCGCCGCUUCGAGCUGCGGGAGGUGGAGACUCCGGCGGGCAAGACGGAGUUUGAUGUGCGAGCAACUUACAAACACGUGGACAGUGAGCCACGAGCUUAUCGCAUGGGGCGCCGAGGCCGCCGCGCUAACUACGCGGACUUUGACAGCAGGCCUCGGGAUGAUGGCUACCCGCGCUGCUCUGGGUUUUCGAGCUCACCUACGGAAGCGAACGAGCAGGCAGAUGCAGAUGGCCUCAUCGAGGUAAAGAGCUUCGACGAAGCGGAACCUCAAACCACACGCCACUUUAAUCUGUCCCCGAGAGCUUCCGAGCAGGGGCAGGAGCGAUACGACAUCGAGGAGGAGUUCGCGGCCUUCCCUGCAGGCUGCGAGACAUCAGAAAAACAGGCUCAUGUGGAUUUGGACGAUGUUCCUUUGAAGGAGGCCUCGAAGAACGGGGCCACGCCCAUGGCCUCUGAUGCGUCAGCCUCCACAGCAUCCACUGCUUCAACGCAGGAGGAGGUUUGGCAGCGCUGGUUGGAACCAGACAGUUUUCGUGUCUGGUUCUGGAAUCCUUCCACCGAGGAGGUCAGUCGGAAAGUUCAGUCCGAAAACCGGCAUCAGCUGAGCUCGAGCCAUGGAGAACCUGCCGAGCUGGGUGCUGAAGGUGGCGGUGGCCUCACUGGGGGGAGCAGCGGUGCUCGUGUUGCUAAGACGGCAGCAGCUGAAG